GUUUACAGAAGGAUAGAUGUGACUAUGCCUCAGUUAACACACUGAAAUAAUUUAAAACAGCGACAUAAGUUAAAAGGGGAACCAAUAACUUUUCUUCUUAUAGCCUCAUUUUGGAUUCGAAGGACAGAAUGGGUGUUGGAUGGAUGAUAGCAAUUAUUCUGGUGGUAACAGUAGUUGAGCCAAUAACUACAGAUACAACCACUGAACCACCUACAACAACAACCACAACGACCACAGCACCAACUACAACAACGACAACAACGACCACAGCACCACCUACAACAACAACGACCACAGAGCCACCUACAACAACGACCACAGAGCCACCUACAACAACAACGACCACAGAGCCACCUACAACAACAACGACCACAGAACCACUUACAACAACAACGACCACAGUAACCACAGAACCACCUACAACGACCACAGUGCCACCUACAACAACAACAAUGACCACAGAACCACCUACAACAACAACGACCACAACAACCACAGAACCUCCUACAACAACAACGACCACAGAACCCCCUACAACCACAACAACCACAACAACCACAGAACCACCAACAACGACCACAGAGACACCUACAACAACAACGACCACAGAACCACCUACAACCACAACAACCACAGAACCACCUACAACGACCACAGAGCUACCUACAACAACAACGACCACAGAGCCACCUACAACAACAACGACGACAGAACCACCUACAACAACAACGACCACAGCACCACCUACAACAAGAACGACUACAGAACCCCCUACAACAACAACGACCACAGUGCCACCUACAAAAACAACGACCACAGAACCACCUACAACAACGACCACAACAACCACAGAACCUUCUACAACGACCACAGAACCACCUACAACAACAACCACCACAGCGCCACCUACAACAACA